AUGGACGGCACCGGUGCACUUGUCUGUUCCCUGACUUUCACCUUCCUCUCGGUCCUUUUUGGAGGCGUGCGCCUCUAUACCAGAGCCUUCAUUGUCAAGAAGUUCUUGAUUGACGACUUGCUGCUCAUAUUCUCCAUUUUGGCGUCGAUGGCGUUGACGACGCUUAUUAUAUUCCAAGCAUACAAUGGGCUUGGCCAGCACAUGAGUGAGCUUUCCAUUCUCGAAAUAUACAGCUUCCUCAAGGCCCUUUGGGGAAGCACCAUAGUCUACAGUGUAGCUAUGAUGCUCACUCAAAACGUCUUCCUCUUCCAGUAUCGCAACUUCUUCGUCGGCCUCUGGCUUCGUCGCAUCACGACCGCUAUGAUUUUCAUCGUCACGCUUUUUGGUAUCGCUUCGACCCUGACUUUGGCAUUUCAGUGCGUCCCAACAAGGUACAUCUGGGAUCCUCUCUCGCCGCCGGCUCGUUGUAUCAAUUAUUAUUUUUUCUGGUACACAUCAGCCGGCUUCAACACGCUCACAGCAAUUAUUAUCUGGCUUCUGCCUAUACCUCUGAUCAAGGGGCUGCAUCUACCAAAGCGUCAGAAGUAUUGGCUCACUGUGGUCUUUGCGUUGGGAAUUUUGUAA